AAAAAAAAAUAAUGUAGCAGCUUGCAUCCGUCUUUUUAAACGAGAACACUGACGAAAAGCUAAGGUGUCUGCAGUUCGUUUCGCUCCCUGCUGCUAUCAAGUAACUCGAUUAAAGAAGCUCUUCGGAUCCACGUGUCAAAGCUUUGGCAGUCAUUUUAUCCAGCAUCCGAUGAUGUCGCUAUUACUUGCCAUUGCGCUGAGCUGCGUGUUUGUCAUCAGUCAAGUCGCUGCAGAAGAAAGCGAGGUGGUUUCUUAUGCGGGAUUCCAGGUUUGGAAAAUCAAACCUAAUUCAGAAAAAGAAUGGCAAUUUAUUUUGGACAUUAAAGAUUCCUAUGAACUUGAGCUGUGGAAUGAAAGAAGAAUGACCAGGGAUCCGAUUGAUGUUCUAAUACCACCACAGAGCCAGACGAAACUCAAAUCAAAACUGGCUGAGCGCAAAAUAUCCUACGUCGUUGUCAUCAGCGACUUGCAGACGGCCAUCGACAAUCAAAAGACAAACAUCAACAAAACCACUUCCGACUCAAAAGCCGCCUACAAUAUGGACUGGAUCAGCUACCACAGACUGAACAACAUUUAUGCCUUCUUGACUUACCUGAACACCACUUACCCGAAGCUUGUCCAAUUAAUAAAUAUCGGUUCCUCGUAUGAAAAACGCCCACUGUACGUCAUCCGAAUCUCCAACUCUUCUUCACCCGGCACGAGACCCGCCAUCUGGAUUGAUGGAGGAAUUCACGCAAGGGAAUGGAUUUCGCCAGCUGUCGCCACGUACAUUAUCCAACAGUUAGUUGAAGUACCUGCAAACGCGAAGCUCUUGUCCAACGUCGACUGGUACAUCAUGCCCGUCGUAAACCCAGAUGGUUACGAGUUUACACACACGACUAAUCGUAUGUGGCGCAAAACUCGUUCCGUCUCCAGCACGUCAUCCUGUCGCGGUGUUGAUCCCAACCGUAACUUUGGUUUUAAGUGGGGUGGUCUGGGUGCGAGCACUAAUCCGUGCCAGGAUACCUACAGAGGCACUAAAGCCUUUUCUGAGCCAGAGACUCUUGCAACUUCGAAUUUUAUUAAGGGGAAAUCGAGUCAAAUCAAACUGUACCUGACAUUGCAUAGCUAUGGGCAGUACGCGUUGAUUCCUUAUGGAUACGAUGUCGUUUAUCCACCUGAUUAUAACGAUCUGUUGGCACUUGCUAACAAUGCCGCAUCUAAAUUUGUGAAAUACACGUAUACAGUUGGUAAUUCGGCCGACUUGCUUUACGCAGCCUCAGGUGCUUCGGAUGACUGGGCCAAAUCGAUUGGCAUCAAAUACAGCUACACCUUCGAGUUGCCAGACAGAGGAACAAACGCAUUCACUUUGCCAGCAUCGGAAAUUUUGCCUGUGUGCCAAGACUUCUUCCCAGCUUUGGAUGUUUUUGCCACCAAAGUGGCGACUUGCUGCGGCGCUUUUACAACCACCACGACCAAACCUUUGACCACUAGGACCACACGGCCGACCACAACUACAAAACGUACUACAACAAAGUGUCCUUGUACCUGUGGAUAAACUAGGCGAUUUUAAAUGUCCUUCCGCUGACCCCGACAUCUUCCUCUCGACCUUGUACACGUAAUUCAAGAACUGAACCAAAAGUUAAAUUCGGCCUGAUAGAAAUGUCUCUGAUAGAAAUUGAUUGGCAAAAUAAAUUUCCCGAUAGGAAUUCUUGCAAACCGGAAUUCCUCGUCAUUUCAUCUCAA